AUGAACCAGCUGGACCCCGCUGAGAACCCAGAUGCCGGCCCUGCCCCGCCGUGUGUGGUGUGCGGCCAAGCCCACGCCCUUGAGGAAAACCACUUCUACACCUACACGGAAGAAGUGGACGAUGACCUCAUUUGCCACAUCUGCCUGCAAGCUCUGCUGGACCCUCUGGACACUCCCUGCGGACACACCUACUGCACACUCUGCCUCACCAACUUCCUGGUGGAGAAGGACUUCUGCCCUGUGGAUCGCAAGCCUGUGAUUCUGCAGCACUGCAAGAAAUCGAGCAUCCUGGUCAACAAGCUCCUCAACAAGCUGCUGGUGACCUGCCCGUUCACAGAGCACUGCGCACAGGUGCUGCAGCGCUGCGACCUUGACCGUCACUUUCAAAUGAGCUGCAAAGGCGCCUCCCACUAUGGCCUCACCAAAGACAGGAAGAGGCACUCUCAGGAUGGCUGUCCAGAUGGCUGUGCCAGCCUCACAGCAACAGCACUCUCCCCAGAGGUUUCUGCAGCUGCCACCAUCUCCUUAAUGACAGACGAGCCUGGCCUAGACAACCCUGCCUACGUGUCCACAGCAGAGGACAGUCAGCCAAACAGCCCCCUGGACUCUGGCCGGAGCAACCGAACAAGGGCACGGCCCUUUGAGCGAUCCACCAUCAGAAGCAGAUCUUUUAAAAAAAUAAACCGAGCCUUGAGUGUUCUUCGAAGGACAAAGUGUGGAAGUACAGUUGUCAACCAAGCUGAGCAGGGCAGAGAGAAUUCUGAAAACACCACUGCCCCUGACGUCUUUCCAAGGCUGUAUCACCUGAUUCCAUAUGGUGAAAUUACCAGAGUCAAGAUCAAUCGAGCGGAUCCCAAUGAAAGCCUCUCCAUUAGGCUUGUGGGAGGCAAUGAAACCCCGCUGGUCCAUAUCAUUAUCCAGCACAUUUAUCGUGAUGGGGUGAUUGCCAGAGACGGCCGGCUAUUGCCAGGAGACAUCAUCCUAAAGGUCAACGGGAUGGACAUCGGCAACGUACGGCACAACUAUGCCCUGCACCUCCUGCGGCAGCCCUGCCAGGUGCUGUGGCUGACGGUGCUGCGGGAGCAGAAAUUCCGGAGCAGGACUGAUGGGCAGCCCCUGGACACCUACGGGCCCCGGGAUGACAGUUUCCACGUGAUCCUCAACAAAAGCAGCCCGGAGGAGCAGCUUGGAAUAAAACUAGUACGCAAGGUGGAUGAGCCUGGGGUGUUUAUUUCCAACGUUCUGGAUGGUGGCGUGGCAGACCGACACGGUCAGCUGGAGGAGAACGAUCGUGUGUUAGCCAUCAAUGGACAUGACCUUCGGUACGGCAGCCCGGAAAGUGCAGCUCAUCUGAUUCAGGCCAGUGAAAGGCGCAUUCACCUCGUCGUGUCCCGCCAGCUUCGGCAGCAGAGUCCUGACAUCUUUCAGGAAGCUGGCUGGAACAGCAGCAGCAGCCGGUCCCCAGGGUCAGAGGACAGGAGCAACACUCCUAAGCCCCUCCACUCUGCGGUCACUUGUCACGAGAAGGUGGUAAGUGUCCAAAAAGACCCCAGUGAAUCACUCGGCAUGACCGUUGCAGGGGGAGCAUCACAUAAGGAGUGGAAUUUGCCAAUCUAUGUCAUCAGUGUUGAGCCCGGAGGAGUCAUAAGCAGAGAUGGAAGAAUAAAAACAGGUGACGUUCUGUUGAAUGUGAACGGGAUUGAACUAACAGAGGUCAGCCGGAGCGAGGCGGUUGCUUUAUUGAAAAGCACAUCCUCCUCGGUGGUACUUAAAGCUUUGGAAGUCAGAGAAUGCGAGCCCCAGGAAGAAGGCAGCAGCCCAGCAGCGCUGGACUCCAACCACAAAGACACGGCCCCACCUGGCAACCGGUCCCCAUCCUGGGUCAUGUGGCUGGAAUUACCACGGUACCUGUACAACUGUAAAGAUGUUAUACUGCGAAGAAACACAGCUGGAAGUCUGGGCUUCUGCAUUGUAGGAGGUUAUGAAGAAUACAACGGGAACAAACCUUUUUUUAUCAAAUCCAUUGUUGAAGGAACACCAGCAUACAACGAUGGAAGAAUCAGAUGUGGUGAUAUUCUUCUUGCUGUCAAUGGCAGAAGUACAUCAGGAAUGAUACAUGCUUGCUUGGCAAGGAUGCUAAAAGAACUUAAAGGAAAAAUUACUCUCACCAUUGCUUCUUGGCCUGGAACUUUUUUAUAG